AUGGACACACAUUUUGAUGAUGACCCCUUCUUCACCACUCUAUUGCAAAGUGGAGGAGGAGGUUGUGAUAGCACCCCAACGCAACAUGAUAAUGUUGUAGUCCAAGCAACUCAAAAUUAUGACGGUAAAAAGAGGCAUCUUUCAAAAAAAGUUCAACGACGUGCAUCUUUCACCGUUGAAGAGGAUAACCUCCUCGUCUCAGCUUGGCUCAAUAUUAGCAUCGAUGCGAUAAGGGGUACUGAUCAAAAGUCCACUCAAAUGUGGGAAACAAUUACCACAUUUUAUUAUGAAUAUAAAAUACUGAACAUUGCCAAUCGUUCUGAAGGGUCUUUGAUGAAUCGGUGGUCCACGAUUCAAAAAUGGACCAAUAAAUUUUGUACAUGUAUAGCAAAGGUAAAGUCAUUGCACCCAAGUGGUGCAACGGAGCAAGACAAGAUUGAGAAAGCGAAGGUGUUAUACAAAGAGAUUGUUGGGAGUAAUUUCACAAUGGAGCACCGUUGGUGUCUUCUAAGACACCAACCAAAAUGGCAGCAACACAUCUCCACCGUUGGUAAGAAGAGAAAGUCACCUGAAAAAGUGACUAAUCUUGUUGAUGUUGACCAAGUUGAAGAGGACAUAGAGGUUCUUGCUAAGAGACCUCCAGGCAAAAAAGCUGAGAAAGAAAGGGAGAGGAAGCGGAAGUCUAAGGCAACGAUAGUGAGAUCAAGACUGCUUUGGCCAAAAUGA